AGGUGGUUACUGAGCAGGAGGAGGAGAAGGAUAAUUGAAAGGGGAGAGACAAAUGUAAUUUCUGUUGCAUCUGGCCCUGAGCCCCCUGACCAGCCCAGUCCUACAGCAGCUCUCACAGGAAGCAUACAUGAGCGAGAAAGCAGAAGCUGCCAGAGUUUAGAGAAAAGUUGUCGGUGUGUGUGUGUUUGUGUCAGCAUGGCCGGGGGCUCGGUGUUUGAGUGUAAGGAGUACUUGUUCAAAGUGCUGGUCAUCGGGGAAUUAGGCGUCGGGAAAACGAGCAUCAUCAAACGCUACGUGCACCAGCUCUUCUCGCAGCACUACAGGGCGACGAUCGGGGUCGACUUUGCUCUUAAAGUGAUCAACUGGGACAGCAAAACGCUGGUCAGGUUACAGCUGUGGGACAUCGCAGGUCAGGAGCGAUUUGGGAACAUGACGCGAGUGUACUACAAAGAGGCUGUGGGGGCAUUCGUGGUGUUCGAUGUGACAAGGGGCUCCACGUUUGAGGCGGUGUCUAAAUGGAAGCAUGACCUGGACAGCAAGGUGAAGCUGGCUAAUGGCAGCCCCAUCCCCUCAGUUCUGCUCGCCAAUAAAUGCGACCAGAAUAACGACAGCUCCAACAACACAACCCUAAUGGACAAUUUCUGCAAAGAGACCGGCUUCCUGGGCUGGUUUGAAACCUCAGCAAAGGACAACAUCAACGUGGACGAGGCAGCACGUUUCCUGGUUGAGAAUAUCUUGGCUAAUGACAAAGGUUUGCCAUACGAGGAGAGCAAUGGAGACCGGAUCAAACUGGACCAGGAGACUGUGGCUGCUGAGAGCAAGUCAGGCUGCUGCUGACACUAAAUCCAUUCAUAUUAGCCAUCCGCCUCCUUUGGCAGGGUCUGACCCGGCACCCGGCCUGUGACUCUCAGCCCUCUACUGCAGCCUCUCUGAGGAAUAUCAAUUCUUGGGUCUCCAAAGCUCCAGGAUCUUCUCCUCUCUGCACUGAUGCCCGUUUGCCCUGCACAUCCAUAGUUGUUUUCACUAGGCCAGAAUAGAAGCCCAAUUUUAUCUUAAUCUUGUCACUGUCUCUGUAGGGCUGUUUCCUUCUUUGUUGACACUUCUGAACCACCCCUUCUUUAUUAUUGUGUUUAUCUCACUGCAUAUUUCCCCAAUGGUUUAUUCCACCACCAACUUUAAAUCCUACCCAGCCCUCCACACUUGGACCCUGCUACUCCUCCAGUUGCCCUGAUAGCCUCUGAAGCCCUGGACUAUACCGUGCUUGAAAGGGGAUCAAACUAAGCAAAACUCACAAAAAACGAACUAGAAAACCACCUGUAGCCUCUCGAUUUUUGUCUCUUUGGUUUUUCACUGUCAGUAUCCUUGUCAUUCAAUAUUUUUCUGUGAGACAAGUCCCUUUUGUGCUCAUGGCACACAUAUGUUUGUGUUUCCAGUUCUUCUACUACUGUAGGAAAAAGAAAGCAGACAAAAUUCACGGUUAAGCAUUAUCAAAGAGUUAUUGUAUCUCAUAUUGAAUUAAUUGUUGGCUUGAUUUAAUAAUUUCUGUAAAAAAAAAAAAAUUAGAGCAGAACACUUUGUUGUUUACUCAAACUUUUACAAAGACAAUAUAGUAUAAUCUAAUUGUGGUACUAUAUGAGACACGGUCUUUUCACCAGCAUAAACAUUUAGAUUUACAGCAUGUUUUUUUCUUUUUAUUGUUGGGUCAUGCAACUGUCACACUUUCUGGUACAUUAAAGUGUUCAGAUUUAAAACCUGAAAGACUUUUUAAACACUGUGUUGAGAUAAAGUGUGUAUGUAAAAAUACUUUAAAUAUACAAGACCAAAAUAGAAUAAACAUUUUAAAAUAUU